AUGUUUAACCGCAACACCUGGCGAUUUGGACCCGCAAAGUAUUGGUAUGAUCAGUUGGACAUUCCUGAAGAUGCUGAUAUAGCCAAGUGGACUGUUUGGUCCCGACUGCCUUUGAAUGGCACAACUACCUGUUCGGGGUACAGUUUCGAGUCAUGCAGUCCAUCUAGUUCAACCCCCACUGAGCCUGGGUUUAAGAAACUGAGUGAAGAGGCAGUUCCUCAAGAACCGAAACAAUCCAGGCUUCAGUUUUCGCCUUCCGAGAAUAAUUUUCUGUCCUACCAAUUAAUGGAGUGGGAGGAGGACAUCAUCUACGAUGCUCAACUGAGUUCGACGAAAAUUUCCCUUAGCGCUAGACAAAAUGCUGCAUUCGCGGGCUGGAUCCCAUCUCAACACUGUCGCACGAUGGCAGCUUUUCAGGACGCCUAUCAAGGUAAAUACCCAGGUAUCCUCGGUUACAAGACCCUUACCGGCGCUGGAGCUGACCAAACAGCUGCUGGAAGUUUCCGCAUUCCCCGCAGUGUUGAAAAUGCAGCGGCUGUGCAGUCAAUAACGGUUGCUACCUCGAGCACUCCAUAUGCCUUCUUCCCGGUUGAGAACGCAAACAUCCUCAACGACAGCUGGCGAUGGGAUAUCAUCUACGAUCCGGUUGUCGCUGCACGCACCCAACCCGCCUUCCUGCUGACCUUGGAUCUCAAGGACGAGAUCAGUGUUAUGGACCAUGUCAUCAAUGAUGACGAAGUGGCUGCUAUAAGCGGCCGCUCACGGGUAGUCCUCUUUGGUUCAGCAGAUGACGCACCUUCGGGAGAAACGGGUGAGUUGGAACAACAACAACACCCAGGACAGCAACAGCAGCAGAAGAAUGCAAUCAAUCGAGCCAGUUUUCAUGUCAGUUUUGGGCCUGCAUCAACACGGGGCAUGCUGACCGGUGCACUAGCCAAGGCGGCGCAGGGCGCUGAAAAGGUGAAACGAAUUCUCGGCAAGUUCAACUGGAGUCAACGGAUAUUUGAGGGCUGGGAAAGACAGGCACAAUCGAGCGGACUAGUGAUACCUGAGAUCUUGUCGCGCUGUGUGCCCUCCACUCUUCAGCACGGGUUCCUGGCCGAAGGGGACUGGCACUCAGAAGAUGGCGAAGAUGUUGGUGCCAGCGAAACCGCGGCAACUAUGGCGUCAGCCGCCGCGGCCGCCUCGGGCCUUCCACCCAAGGAUCCUCUCAACCUCUCCAACGACGAGUUCUAUGCCAUGCGCUCCGGUGGCAUGUUUGGAUGUUUAGCACGCUGCGGUCCUCUUCAGCACAGCACACCCGCUGUAGAACUGUGGCCACCCUUCUUUCCCACAUUUAACACACCUCUGCGUCUGCGUCAGUUUCAUCGUGUACCACUUAAACGAUAUGUGCGUGGUACCAUGUCACAGUACGGCGUUCCCGUACCGGUUGUUAACUUGACAAAGAACAUUCAAAAGAAGAUGAAAGAGCGCGAGGAAGAAAAGGCCGCUUCCGGCGGUGGGGACAUCUUCUUCAUGCGCACACCCAGCGACCUCACUGGCUGUGAUGGCGAAAUUGUCCUGUUUGAGUACUCUGAAGAGUACCCACCGUUAAUGAUGCAGGCAAGUUUUCUACUGGGAAAAGGGAAAUUUAAAUACUCACUUUUAAUAUCGAUUAGUAGGGUCCUUUCGUUCAGGUAG